UAUUGUUUUUUUUCUUUCAGACAGCAGUAAGUCAAUAUCAGAGGUGAAGGAGUGGUUUGUUUACCCAGGAAAUGCUCUUCAAAUGCCAGAAAUGGUUAACAUCAUACCACUUAAUCUUCCAGAAGGACUUCCUGAUCUGAAAAAAUUAUGGGUUUCUGAAGAACCAGCAAUGAAAAAUCUUCGCUUCACCACCUUCCUGGCAUUGUUUGAUUUGCAAGAAUUUGUAGAAGAAAUCUCUGUUUUGGAACCUACUGUAAUAGGCAUAUGUUGUCUGCUAAUAUACAUAUCUCUGCAGGUGGAUAGCCUUUGCAUUGAAGACAUAGAUGCAUAUUUGUCCCAGGCCAUUUGUGUCCGCAAUAAACCACCAAGUCAUUUUUCAUUUACAGAGGUUCACUAUGUGGAUACAAGAGCUGUGCAACUUGCCUCAUUGUUCAUUAGAGGUCUGACUAUUUUGAUUGCAGCCAACACUGCUUGUGGAUUUCCAUUUAAGAUGGCGGACCUCAUGCCUUGGGAAAUUUUUGAUGGAAUCCACUUUCAUUCCAAAUAUUUGAAGUCACAUGCUGGCUGUUCUGAAAGAGAUUUGCUAGAAGAAAAUAUUAACUGGGCUUCACAAUUUCAUGAUCUAAAAGUGCUUAUCCUUAAAGCAUGUGAAAAAAAAGGAAGGAUAAUUCAAAGUAACCCCAGAAACCCAUUAGCAGGCAAAUACAGUCCAGGAUUUAGAGCCCAAAACAGAAAGAGAUUCAGGCUUGCUCCUCGAUGGCCACAAAAUACAAGCUUUUAUCCCAGUGGAUUUUAAUAAUACUCCAGGAAACAAAAAAUGAAGAUCUAAUGACCUAUUAAGCUUUUGUAUGUAAAGCUGUAUAUUUGACAUUCUUUCUUUACCGAACUCACUGCCAGUGGCCAUAUGUAUUCAUUGUAUUUCAGUCACUUGCAGUUGUCUAUUUAAAGAAUGUGUUUCUGUAUUUAUACACUAAACAAAUAUUUCAUUACUGCUGCAAGAAUAAUGAAUGCUUUAAAUGUUUUUCUCUCAUAUUAAACUAGCAAAUUAAAUUAAGGAAAGAACAGUUAAGA